AAAUGAAUUUCCCUCCAAAUAAGUGGAAUCGCAAUCAAUCUCCGAAUGGGAAUAAUUAUGCUAAGACUAUAAGACUUCGUGACUCUCAUGAAGGGUUGAAGAAAAUCAUAAAUUCUGGAAGUAAGGCAAUGACAUACAGAACUAAUAUGCCGAAAUAUACUCAUAAUGAAGAUAUUUUCAGUAAUGUGCCUUAUACGAAACCUAGCAUAAACUCUUCAAGGAAAAGCAUGUCGAUUCCUUCCUCAGGGCUUGACAAUAUGAGGCCUUCUCCUUGCUUUCUGACCCUAGCUAGAGACUUACAGCAGCAGAGCAUUUAUGUGGACCAGUAUGAUGGGCCUUCGUCCUUAAUCACUGGAUCUCCUGAAAGAGAGGCCAAAAUGAACAAUUCAACUGCAAAAAAUCCUUUCCAAAAGGAGAGAGAUGACUUGAAGAGAUCUUUCUCAUCAACAAAAUUUGAAAAUGGCUCAGGUCAGACUAGCACAAUCCUUCCAGACAUCUCAAGGAAAAGUAUGGUUGUUCCAAAUUCCAAUAAUUUGUUAAAGAACUCUAAACAGCAAUAUCAAGACUUCUUACAAGAGAAGCAAGGUUUGAGUAACUUUAAAGAACUUAAGGAGAAGAAGAAUUAUGUAACCAAAAGAGAAAGACUCAUGAAAUCUGGCUGGAGACAUGGAGUUAUUGGCAUUGAAAACCCUCUUAACCCUACCAGUGAUGUCUAUAACCAGAUCCAUCAAGCCCAGACUGCUGUAAAGAUAGAGAAAGAUUUUAUUAAUGAUAGAAGAAAGAAGAAUUUGACCAGAAACCUGCACAAAGUCGAUAAAGGAGUCGAUAUUGAUCACCAAUGGAAGUCUAAGAAAAUCAGUCCUGAAAGAUUCAAAGGGUCUUUCAGUAAUAUAUUCGAGUCCCACAUUCCAACCAAGAGAGAAAUCAUGAAGGCUAGAAGACUCAAGGUGGAUAUUUAAAUAUCAGCAGUGGAAAGUAUGCGAAAAUUCCUUCAAUUUAUA